GCGGCGCGUGGAGGCUGCUCGGCUCCCCGCGCUACAGUUCGGCUUGGGCUCCCCGCGGGUGCCGCGGCGCGUGGCGGUCUCGCGCCAUGUCGUGGCUCUUCGGGAUCAAGGGCCCCAAGGGCGAAGGCGCGGGGCCGCCGCUGUCUCUGCCGCCCGCUCAGCCUGGGGCGGAAGGCGGCGGGGACCGCGGCGCGGGGGAUCGGCAGGCGCCCAAGGACAAAUGGAGCAACUUUGACCCCACGGGCCUGGAGCGCGCAGCCAAGGCGGCGCGAGAGCUGGAGCAUUCGCGACACGCCAAGGAGGCCCUGAGUCUGGCGCAGAUGCAGGAGCAGACACUGCAGCUGGAGCAGCAGACCAAGCUCAAGGAGUACGAGGCCGCCGUGGAACAGCUGAAGAGCGAACAGAUCCGCGUGCAGGCGGAAGAGAGGAGGAAGACUCUGAGCGAGGAGACGCGGCAGCACCAGGCCAGGGCCCAGUACCAAGACAGGCUGGCCCGACAGCGCCACGAGGACCAGCUGAAGCAGCAGCAACUUCUCAAUGAGGAGAAUUUACGGAAGCAGGAAGAGUCGGUGCAGAAGCAGGAGGCCAUGCGGCGAGCCACCGUGGAACGGGAGAUGGAACUGCGGCACAAGAACGAAAUGCUGCGUGUGGAGGCAGAGGCCCGGGCCCGGGCCAAGGCCGAGCGGGAAAACGCAGACAUUAUUCGUGAGCAGAUCCGCCUGAAGGCUGCUGAGCACCGCCAGACCAUCCUGGAGUCCAUCAGGACAGCGGGCGCCCUGCUUGGUGAAGGAUUCCGUGCCUUUGUGACAGACUGGGACAAAGUGACAGCCACGGUGGCUGGGCUGACGCUGCUGGCCGUCGGAGUCUACUCUGCCAAGAACGCCACAUCUGUUGCCGGACGGUACAUUGAGGCCCGGCUGGGGAAGCCGUCCCUGGUGAGGGAGACGUCUCGUAUCACGGUGCUAGAGGCCCUGAGGCACCCCGUGCAGGUCAGCAGGCGGCUCCUCAGUAACCCUCAGGACGCACUGGAGGGCGUCGUCCUCAGUCCCAGCCUGGAGGCCCGUGUGCGGGACAUUGCUAUAGCAACGAGGAACACCAAGAAGAACCACAGCCUGUACAGGAACAUUCUGGUGUACGGGCCCCCCGGGACUGGCAAGACCCUGUUUGCCAAGAAACUCGCGCUGCACUCGGGCAUGGACUAUGCCAUCAUGACUGGCGGGGAUGUGGCCCCCAUGGGGCGGGACGGUGUGACUGCCAUGCACAAGGUCUUCGACUGGGCCAAUACCAGCCGGCGAGGCCUCCUGCUCUUCGUGGAUGAAGCGGACGCUUUUCUCAGGAAGCGAGCGACUGAGAGAAUCAGCGAGGACCUCAGGGCCACCCUGAAUGCCUUCCUGCACCGGACGGGACAGCACAGCAGCAAGUUCAUGCUGGUCCUGGCCAGCAACCAACCUGAGCAGUUCGACUGGGCCGUCAAUGACCGCAUUGACGAGAUGGUCCACUUCGGCCUGCCGCAGCGGGAGGAGCGGGAGCGCCUGGUGAGGCUGUACUUCCACAAGCACGUUCUGAAGCCGGCCACAGAGGGAAAGCAGCGCUUGAAGCUUGCUCAGUUUGACUACGGGAAGAAGUGUUCGGAGAUCGCACACCUGACGGAGGGCAUGUCCGGCCGGGAGAUCUCCCAGCUCGCUGUGGCUUGGCAGGCCAUGGCGUAUGCCUCGGAGGACGGGGUCCUCACAGAGGCCAUGAUGGAUGUGCGGGUCCAGGACGCCAUCCAGCAGCACCAGCAGAAGAUGCAGUGGCUGAAAGUGGAGGGAGUCAGGCCUAAGGAUGACCAGCCCCCGCUCCCAAGCACACAGGCUCAGUGAGCCGGGCCUGGACGCCCCGGCAGCCGCACUGGUCGGGUGGCUUUGCCAGGAAGAAGCCCUCCCCUCCGUGUCGGAAUGGACCUGCCCCCCCC